AUGGUAUCUGGUGUUGUCCGCGUCCCCACACCCGGUAACUCUGCUUCCCUUCCCGGUUGCCUUCCCCCUUCAAAAAGUCCUGAGGAGAGGGUGACACGCAAUUCCGUAAGCGGCCCAGGUUAACUGAGGUUGCCGUUCCACUUAAUAAAUCAGUGACCAAUGAUGGGGUUGGGCAGUCGUCUGGGAUGUCUAAACAAUCCUAUUUAAGAAUAGUACUACAUGCGCCGUCGCGGACUACGGGGCUAAAAAAAGUGCCUCAAACAGAUGCUUGAAAAUCUCACCAUCUGCAAGUAUACUGUGGCCCGUAGAUGAAAAACUCGCGGUCAAAGUGUCAGUUCGACAUUUGAAUCCAAUGAUGUCCACCGUGCGCCCCCAUAGCAGGGUGAAUGCAGGGAUGGUGACUUGCGGGGGAAUUUGUCUGCCCACCGCCUGCAUUUCAGCAAUCGACUGACCCAACGCCUAGAAGACUUGCAGGCUCCGGAUGUAAAAGCCUCCUUGGAGACUCGAUGUUGGCAACUGCGGGAUGUCGUCCAUUCGACCGCCGUGGGUGUCCUUGGCUGCGUCCGUCGUCAACACCAGGACUGGUUCGACGAAAACGACGCAGCCAUCAGAAACCCACUGGCUGAAAAGAACAGACUACAUGUAACCUACCUCAGCCGCCCGACAGAUUCAAACAAAGCGGCCUCUUAUGAAUGUCGUCGUCUUGCACAGCAACGCUUGCAACAAAUUCAGGACGCCGGGAUGGCUCGAACGACUGAGGAUAUCCAGGGGUGUGCCGAUCGCAAUGAAAAGAGGAACUACUUCGUUGCAAUCAAGGCAAUCUACGGUCCCCCUCCCAACCUAAGCAGCCUCACCACUUCUCAACUCUACUGGAACAGCACGCCUCAUGGAGAAAUCGCAAAUUCUGAAGCACCGGGUCAAGCACGUCAGAAUCGUCCACAACCGCCAUCCAUUAUCUUCGACGCCGCCAUCGACCGUCUCUCCCAAGGGGAAACGAGCAACGACCUAGACAUUCCGCCUUCCGUCUCACUAUCCAAAUGA